AUGGCGACUAACACCCGUGAAAGGCAAGGAGUCCCGUAUUUUCUUUUGAACAAAUUGAGUACCGUAGACAUUGUAUACGAUGAAACAAAAAGGAAGAAAAUUAAAAAAACAAAGAUAGUUGGUAUUUUUGAGGCUGAGCGUGUGAUUGCCCGCAGAAAGGUUAACAAGGAAGUCAAGUACCUAGUUAAAUGGAAGGAUUACAGUUCGUUUGAAAGUACUUGGGAACCGGAACAUCACAUUUCAAGAGCAUCCUUAAGGUACUUUGAGAACCCUAAACCACACACUAAUGAUGUCAUAGAAUGUGUGGACCGGUUAAGAAAGGAAGUUGUUGCUUCCCUCAAACACAGAUGGCCAGAACAAAAGUUGACUGUGGAGUUUCGACAUGAUGUUUAUAAUUACUUGUUUGGUGGGAAAGGAAAGGCUGCUGAACAAAAGAGCUGGACAUUGUUUGAGGAACAGGAUUUUGUAAAUUGUGGCCUACCCAAUAAUUGGAAUUGCCGCUAUGACAAACAUGGGGAUGGUGUAAAGAUGCUAUUUCCGGUGAAGAUGCGGAAAUUUCUUGGUAGAUCAGCAAAAUGUUUUGUGAAAGAAGGAGAAAGCAUUGUUGAAGCUCCCCGUGCUUACACUGAAAAAAUUUCAAUUAACUUUAUUAAAGUUGCUUCAUAA